CUCUCUCUCUCUCUCUCUCUCUUAAUUGCUUCUCCCACCGCGUCCCUCUAACCAGUACUUAAGUAUUCUCCUCACACUCUUUCUGACCUCAACAUCACUCUCUACAACCUCUCGAUCUCUCCAAAAUGAAGACCUUAACACUUUUCCUCUUAGCUUUCUUGCUCACCGCAGCCUCUCUCUCCUUUGCCACCCGACCCGAACCAACCGGGUCCUCCCAAAACCAGCCAAAGGCCUCCAAAGACAAAGGCCAAAGCAGCAACGGAGGCGGCGGCAGCAACAAAGGUGGUGGAAAUGAUGGUGGUGGGAUGGGUGGGUUCUUCGGGCCAGGUGGCGGGUUUGACAUACCCGGAUUGGGAAAUGGAAACGGGUGGGGUAACGGAAUUGGUGGCGGGUAUGGAGGUGGAUAUGGGGGUCCGAGUGGAGGGUACUCCAAAGGUGGUGUGGUAAGGCCUACUGUGGUGUGUAAAGAAAAGGGUCCAUGUUACAAGAAGAAGCUGACGUGUCCGGCCAAGUGCUUCACUUCUUAUAGCCGUUCCGGGAAGGGCUACGGCGGCGGCGGCGGCGGUGGUGGUUGCACCAUUGACUGCAAGAAGAAAUGUGUUGCUUACUGUUGA